AUGAUGCCUUUACGGCCCCACGCCCGCAACAUCGGGCCACUGAAGAACGCGAUUGAAGCUUCAACGCUGCGUGGGUCUAGGGCGAUGUCCGGCGAGCCUAAUGUGCACGCUAUAUUCGAGAAAGACACGGGUACAUGGCAAUACGUUGUUGCUGAUCCUGACACUUCGAAUGCCGUCAUAAUUGACCCAGUGUUGGACUACGAUCGAACUACACAGGUCAUCACCACCAAAACUGCUGAUGAAUUGCUUUCAUUCGUGCAAAAAUCCGGUUACAACGUGGCGAUGAUCCUCGAAACACAUGUCCAUGCGGAUCAUAUAACUGCGGCCUCGUACCUACAAAAUCGGCUGGCGCAAGUCCAGGAUCAUAAGCCUCCGAUUGGCAUUGGUUCACGCAUUGAACAGAUCCAAAAGUUGUUCAGCGAGAAAUAUGGGGUUGCUAAAGAGGAGUGCAGGGGGGUUUUUGGAAAGCUUUUCAAGGACGAUGAGAUAUUCAACAUUGGUGAGCUGAAGGCUCAGGCGAUACACCUUCCUGGUCACACACCCGAUCAUCUAGGUUACAAAAUCGGAGAUAAUGUAUUCUGUGGGGAUUCGAUUUUCCACGUCGAUAUUGGGACGGCGCGCUGUGAUUUUCCUGGUGGCAGCGCACACGAUCUUUAUAGAUCAGGGCGCAAGCUCCUCAGUUUGCCCGGCCAAGUCAAAAUUUGGACGGGACAUGACUAUCCACCUGAGACGCGCGGAGAUCCCGUGCCUUUCAUGAGCGUGCAGGAACACAGAAGCCAAAACAAGCACCUUAUGGACGGUAUCACGGCCGACGCGUUCGUAACCCUACGAAAGGAGCGCGACGCAAAUCUUGCAGAGCCUAGGCUGCUUCAUCAAUCUUUACAGAUGAAUAUCCGGGCAGGCAGAUUACCACUGCCCACGCAAUCAGGCCAACGCAUGCUUCACCUUCCAUUGAAACUGCAAGGCAUUGAAUGGUGA